GAUCGUUGUAGGUCCCUUAGAGCUGGUGGGGGCUGCAGGGGAGACCGUGCCGGGCGCCUGGUGCUUGCUGGGUCUGCGCCUUUCAGGAGUCCCCUUACGGAGGCCGUGACCCUCUUCGCCCGGCGCCUGGUUCCCUCCGGCCGCCGGCCGGCUCCCGGAAGCCGCGGCCGCUGAUAACAAAGAGCUGCUAGACGGCCUGCUGACGGGGCUGAGGGACCCGGCAGGCCGGUGGAGCGGCGGGGGGCGAGCGCGAGCCGAGCCGCGAGUCCGGGUUUGCAGCUGACGGGCGCGGCCGGCGGCGGAGGCGCUGGUGCGGGCCGGGAGGCGGCUGCCUCCUUUCUUGGCGCCCGCGCGGCUUCGGAGGCAGGUGCUUUGGCCCUCGGCUGCGGGAAACGGCGCUCGGCCCGGGCAGCCGAGCUCCUCCCCUGGCUGCCUCCACGCUUUGUGUGAAGAAGCUAGGCAGACCUGACCGGAGUUAUCUUUGUUUUUAAUAAAGUUUUUCUAAACCUCCGUUUUUAGGAAUUUUUGCAGAGUUUGCAAUACUCUCCACCUCUUCGCAUCCUUUCUUAUGCUCGUGGAGUCUUUUUCCUCCUCGACUAUAAAAUAUUUUUACUGUCACCGGGGCAGACCAGGGAUGAACGUUUUGUAAUUGAAAGUUUAACUGUUAAACCCCCCGUCAAGAUUCUAGUCAAGAUGGAUAAAAAGUCCUUUGAAACGGUGCUGGAUGAAAUAAGAAAGGCUGUUUUGACAGAAUACAAAUUAAAAGCAAUUGAAUAUGUUCAUGGAUACUUCUCUAGUGAACAGGUAGUUGAUUUACUGAGAUACUUUUCCUGGGCUGAGCCUCAGUUGAAAGCAAUGAAAGCAUUACAGCAUAAAAUGGUGGCUGUUCACCCAGCAGAAGUGGUCAAUAUACUCAACUGUUUCACCUUCAGUAAAGACAAAUUAGUUGCUCUUGAACUAUUAGCUUCAAACAUUGUUGAUGCACAGAACUCUCGUCCUAUUGAAGACUUGUUCAGGAUAAAUAUGUCUGAGAAGAAACGGUGCAAGAGAGUGCUUGAACAGGCUUUCAAAGGGGGCUGUAAAGCUCCUCAUGCUAUGAUAUCUUCUUGUGGAACAAUCCCGGGAAAUCCAUAUCCCAAAGGGAAACCUAGUCGUAUAAACGGGAUAUUCCCGGGAACCCCUUUGAAGAAAGAUGGUGAGGACUGUACCAAUGAAGGCAAAGGAAUCGCUGCACGGAUUCUAGGACCAUCCAAACCACCUCCUUCAACAUACAAUCCACAUAAACCUGUUCCCUACCCAAUACCUCCAUGUCGACCCCAUGCAACUAUCGCACCAAGUGCUUAUAACAAUGCAGGUCUGGUACCAUUAGCCAAUGUGAUAGCUCCAGGCAUACCCCCUCCACCUCCGUAUACUCCUAAUCCCACUGGACCAGAGAAUGAAGACCUGUCUAAUCAGACAAAGCCUACACAGAGUCAAACAUUUUCCACCCCAGCAAAUCAGCUCUUUUCUCCUCAUGGUUCUAAUCCUUCAACCGCCGCUGCUACUCCCGUCCCUACUGCGUCCCCGGUCAAGGCAGUCACUCACACCUCUGCGUCAGCAGCCACCACCAUGUCCGGGGUGACCCUUCCAAACGCCGUCCUUCCUGUGUUCCCAGGGCAGGUCUCUGCAGCUCUUCUUACACCUCAGCUGUCAACGCCAAACCCCACAGUGAUCAGAGCCCCUUCUCUGCCUGCUGCACCAGUUACUUCUGUCCACAGCACAGCAUCCACUCCUGUUCCUUCCAUUUUUUCUGGCCUGGUGCCAUUGCCAGGUCCUGCUGUUGCUCCUCCUACCCCGGCCCCUCAGGCCACGUCUGCUCCUCGGCCCACACUUACUUCGAGUGAGGCGUUUCCUUCCACUUGUGCUCCAUUCACAAGCACCCCCUUUUCUACCACCUCUACUGCUGCUUCUACCAGCAGCCAGACUCCCGCUCCCCUGCCAUCGGUGUUUGCCAGUCUGCCUUUGCCCUUGCCCCCAGCCUCCCAGAGUGGGGGCAACCCCUCCCCUUCUGUGAUCGCUGGGGGUUCUGCUCCCAGCGUCACUGGUGCCCUUGGUGUGGACAGUCCUCUCUUAUCUGCUCUGAAAGGCUUUCUAACAUCAAAUGACACCAGUUUAAUCAACUCCUCUGCUUUAGCCUCUCCUGGGCUGGCUUCCUUGUCUUCUCUAACUCAUCAAAACUCUGACUCUCCUGCUUCAGCCUCUAACAAGUGCUAUGCCCCACCGGCUGUUCCCACCCCGCAGAGUUCCGCUUCGGGCUUGGCGGUGUUCCCAGGCCUGCCAUCUCUUGGGACUAACUCAACCUCUGCCCCACUUGCCCUGUCUGUGCAGUCCCCUUUAGCUACUCCGACGUCUUCAUCGGUGUCAGUGCCAGUGAGCUGUGGCUCCUCAGCUGCUCUUUUGCACGGCUCCCACUCAGGGGCCUCCGACCUGCACAUUUCAGCUACCCCUGCUGUAACGACUCUUCCCGUUAUAAUCAAAACUGAGCCCACAAGUCCUACUCCCUCAGCCUUCAAAGGCCUGUCUCAUUCCGUGAAUCCCUCGCACGGCACUUUAGGUUUGUCAGGGACACUGGGCCACACGUACACUCCGACGUCAGUGCCCAUCAGCUUACCUACCUGCCUCAACCCUGCACUGUCAGGUCUGUCCAGUUUGAGUACUCCCUUAAAUGGCUCCACUCCCCUUUCUUCUAUUUCCCUUCCACCACAUGCUUCCUCCACCCCCAUUGCUCCCGUAUUCACUGCUCUUCCUCCUUUUACUUCUUUGACCAAUAAUUUCCCUUUAACUGGCAGCCCAUCUCUUAAUCCAGCAGUAUCCCUUCCAGGGUCAUUAGCAGCCACUUCGUCAGGUGCCACCCCCACCUCCGCCUCUCACCCCAGCUCCACCGCGGCUGUGCUCUCAGGGCUCUCCGCCUCAGCACCCGUCUCUGCAGCACCCUUCCCCCUCAACCUGUCCACAGCUGUCCCCUCACUCUUCUCAGUUACCCAGGGUCCACUGCCGUCCUCAAAUCCCUCCUACGCUGGCUUCUCUGUCACCAAUACGCCCAGCGUUACCCCUGCUGUCCCUUCGUUCCCGGGGCUGCAGGCAGCCACUACCGUCGCAGCCGUCACACCCCUCCCAGUGGCUGCCACAGCCCCGUCCCCAGCUCCCGUCCUCCCAGGGUUCGCCUCAGCAUUCAGUUCCAACUUCAACUCCGCUCUUGUUGCACAAGCUGGUUUAUCGUCUGGACUUCAGGCUGCAGGCGGUUCUGUUUUUCCAGGCCUUUUGUCUCUCCCAGGCAUCCCUGGGUUUUCCCAGAGCCCUUCACAGUCAUCCUUGCAGGAGUUCCAACACAACGCAGCUGCACAGUCAGCCUUGUUACAGCAGGUCCAUUCUGCUUCAGCUCUGGAAAGCUACCCAGCUCAGCCUGAUGGGUUUCCUAGUUACCCUUCAGCACCAGGAACACCGUUUUCUUUGCAACCAGGCCUGUCCCAAAGUGGGUGGCAGUGAAUAUUUUUUAAUUUUUAUGUUCCUUCAGAGCAACAUCAGAAUUGCCUAAGGACUGCAGUGGACAAUCUGACAAAUGUGAAGUUUACCAAAAGUCAGAAUGACAGUGAGGAUGAUCCUGGGGAAAUCACAAUAUGAGCUUGAAAAUCGUAGUUGCAUUUUUUAAAAUGGUUUUAAUUAUGAACACUCCCCUAUGUAAAUGUGCUGAUAAUAAAUUGUAUGGAAAAUAGUAUUUGGAAAGUGUUGGGGGACUUUUCAUCUCCUAUCCUGUGACAUUCUGAAUCAUGUAUGUGAUAUACAUUAUAGAAAGAAUAUUAAAGAGAAAAUCGAACUCUUUAUAGCCAA